AGAUUUCAUUUUAAAUCUCUAGAGGAGAUAAUUCAAAUAAAUUAGGAAAAAAGUGCACUAUAUAAUCCAAUAGAUCAUUUUACAAACCUUUCUUAAAAGUAGACUUAAACCCUACCUUUUUAAAUUUAGCUAAACCCUACUUUAUUAUUCUUUUUCAAUGUUUUCCCCUAAUGAGACUUGGUGGAAUCCAACCUUCCCACACCCGAACAACUGCAAAAAUCAAGUCUCAAAGUAAGUAUGGGUUCCAAAACAUAGCCAUACUCACCAUUUCCAAACUAGGAUUCCAAAAUAGGCAAAAAAAAGGGGUGCCUUGGUAGGUUCCUAGCCAUGUAGUGACCAUGCAGAGAAAUAAAAAAAGCAAAAAACAAAUACGUAGAAUGAUACGUAUAAUUAUACGGUAAUAAAAAAAGAUAAGAAUAAUAAUGGUAAAAAAAGAAAAAAAAAAUAUUCGCCGGCUGAAAUGUUCUUUGCAGCUUCAGAAAAAGCAGCAACAAAACUCUUCGACUCCUCCUCUUGCACUUUUACAGAAAACACAGACCAGUGAGAGAAAGUUGAGUUUAAGUCUGUGAGUAGAUUAUUAUUAUUAUCCUCCUCCUCCCAAAGAAGAAGAAGAAGAAGAAGAAGAAGAAGAAAGGAAAUCGUAAAAACCCCUUGCUUUUGUGCUCCACCAUUCUCUUUCUGUUUUUAUAGAUUUAAUCUUUUAUAUAAUCAUCAUCUUUGUCUUUCUCUUCUCUUUUCUCGGAGUUGUCUGUUGUUAGUUUUAGUUUUGCCCUAGAUCUCGACUACCCCAAAUCUCUACUCUUUUUAAUCAAAUCCAAAUCAAAUCAGUCAAUCAAUCAUCACCUUAAUUCCCCAGCCAAUCUCUGGAUUAGAUCUCUCCGAGAUUCAUUCAACUCUUUGUUUGAAGACGGACAGACACAGAUCUUUUUUCUCUGUAGCUCCUCCAUCUUUCCAGGGUGGGGGCGAUAUUCAGGGGGGUGGUGUCCUUGCUGAAGAAGCCUAGUUGAUAAGAUGAUUGGUGAUUGCAUCUGACUUGUCAUAUUGUGAGUUUUUGUAUGGGCACAAAAUCGUAGACAAAGGAAAACAUAAUACUAUAUACUACUCUGAUGACAUUGUUAUAAACAAAACAAUAUAUGAAGACAUCACAGGCGUGGCAGCGUUUAGGCAUUUCGAAUCUACAGCACAUUAUGCCAGCGCCGCGCCACAGACCGCCUAUAAAGGGGCCAGUUUGGAUCCUUGCAUUGAUUUCUUUGAUUAGCGUCUUGCUAAUUGGUGCUUAUAUCUAUCCUCCAAGAGGAUAUUCAUCUUGUUAUGUCUUCUCUGGAGUAGGCUGUAAAUCUAUCUCCGAGUGGCUACCACCUACUCCUACCAGGGAAUACAGUGAUGCUGAGAUCGCAGCUCGUGGUGUCAUUAGAGAUAUCUUGCUCACACCUCCUAUUCAAACAAAGUCACCUAAAAUCGCCUUCAUGUUCUUGACUCCCGGCACAUUACCUUUUGAAAAGCUAUGGGAUAAGUUCUUCGAUGGGCACGAAGGCAGAUUUUCUGUCUAUGUACAUGCAUCUAGGGAAAGACCGGUACAUUUGAGCCGUUACUUCGUCAACAGAGACAUCCACAGUGAGAAGGUGGUAUGGGGAAAAAUUUCUAUGGUUGAUGCGGAGAAGAGACUUCUGGGAUUGGCUUUCCAAGACCCUGAUAAUCAGCAUUUUGUACUUCUCUCAGACAGUUGUGUUCCACUUCAUAAUUUCGAUUAUGUCUAUAACUAUUUGAUGGAUACAAAUGUCAGCUUUAUUGAUCGCUUUGAAGAUCCCGGACCUCAUGGAUCCGGCAGGUAUUCAGAGCAUAUGUUACCUGAAGUUGACUAUAAGGACUUCAUGAAAGGUGCUCAGUGGUUCACAAUGAAGCGGCAGCAUGCCAUGAUAGUCUUAGCAGAUAGUCUUUACUACACGAAGUUCAAGCUUUACUGCAAGCCAGGUAUGGAGGGGAAGAAUUGCUAUUCUGACGAGCAUUACUUGCCGACAUUCUUCUAUAUGAUGGAUCCUGGAGGCAUAGCGAAUUGGUCAGUGACACACGUCGAUUGGUCUGAAGGGAAGUGGCAUCCGAAAGCUUAUCGAGCUCAGGAUGUUACCUAUGAGCUCCUGAAGAACAUUACGUCUAUUGAUCAGAGUUUUCAUGUUACUAGUGAUGAAAGAAAGUUAGUGAUGGAGAAAGAUUGCUUGUGGAAUGGGAUGAAGCGGCCAUGUUAUUUAUUUGCUAGAAAAUUCUACCCGGAAACCCUGGAAAAUCUGAUGCAUCAUUUCUCCAACUACACAACAAUUUGAGUUUACUGGUAGUGACAUCAUCCUACCGUUGAUUAUUAAUUCUUUGGUCGGCCGAACAGCAUUCGACCCUCUCACUUCACCACCUCGGCUUCUUUGUAGAAAAUAUUAGAACACUACCUGAUAGCCAGAUUUGAUAGAUUUUUGGCUCUGCAAAAAAAAAAAGUUUACCCUUACCGAAGAGACCAGGUUGUUGUUGGUUCUCUGAGUAGAAAAGAAAAGGUGAUUUUUCUCAUUGCAGAGCAAAACUAGUGAUUCUUCUUGACUACAACAUCUUGUGAGGAAGGAUAUGUCGGCACUUCACAUCCCCAGUUUUCUUUGCUAAUCUGUGUUGCUGCUUCCUCUUAUAAAGGGACUAUAGAUAUAUCUGUUUCAUCGCUUUUACCCUUUUUCUCUUUUUGCAAUUAAUGUGAUUUUCUGAUUUUGGAACAGAAAAUUUUGAUUUUUCUUUUUGUUAUUCAAGUCCAUUUUGUGAUUUAUGAUUUUUGUAAAGCAAGAAAAAUGUCAAAGUUGCAAUUUCAAGACCCACAUUUUGUUUCU